AUGCUUGAUCAUGAUACGUUAUCUCUAAAACAACGUGCAAUGAAAACUAAAAAGCCUCGUAAAAAUUCAAUUCGCUCUAACAAAACUGCAUCGAUUGAUCGUAGUUCAAGUGAUAAAGAAAAUAAUGUAUCAAAUCCACCGAAUCCUUCGAAAAAUAAAACAAAGAAAAAACCGGCUCGAUCAAAUUUAUCGGCUAAUUCACGUACACAAUUCAAGAAAAAACAAAAUAAAACUUCAUUGAAAAAUGUUGUAAAAUCACCACAAGGCAAUAUUAUCAAAAAGAAAAAUCUAAUUGUUAAUAAACCAAUAAUUUCUCACGCAAUCGAUACAUUUGGUUUAACACCAAUCUUAUCCAUUGAAGAACGUGUUAAAUUACGUCGAACAAAACAAUUCAUUGCAACACCAAUUAAACCUGUAUUAAAUAAAAAACUUCCAAUCAAUAAUGUUAAAAAACAAAUAGAUUCAUCAAAAGCACCAAAGAAACCUGAAAUAAAUAAAAAAUCUCAACUUGAUAAUAUUGAAAAACGAAUAAAUUCAUCGGAAACAACAAUUAAAUCGAAAAAGUUUUUUCUUGGAUCGGGUCUUGAUCUCGAUAAUAUCGUUCUUGGUAAUCGUCAGCGACGUUCGAUAAAAACAUAA